GGCGCCGUCGUCGAGGAGGCGCCCUUUGACCACGUCACUCUGGACGCGUUGGAGGCCGCGCUGCCGGCUUUCACGGGCGACAUCCGCCAGACGCCGCCGAUGUACAGCGCGCUCCACCACGAGGGCAAGCGCCUCUACGAGCUCGCGCGCGAGGGCAUCGAGGUCGAGCGCGAGAGCCGGCCCGUGACCAUCUCGAGGCUCGCGCUCGACGAUCGCGGCGUCGGCGCCGUCGCGGGGCCGCUCGGUCUGCCGCACUUCGGCCUCGACGUCGAGUGCUCCGGCGGCACCUACAUCCGCACGCUCAUCAGCGACCUCGCGCGCCACGAGGCCGUGAAGUCCGUGGCCCACAUGGUCGAGCUCGAGCGCACGAAGCAGGGGCCCUUCGAGCUCGGCGACUGCCUCCACGAGGCCGACUGGGACUUCGACGCGAUCUGCCAGCAUUUGGUGGACUCGGCGGCCAUACCGGCGCGAGUGUCCUAA